GUAUUAUUAUAACAUUGUAACAGCUAGAAGGCACAGCACAGCCAACAUUAAAUUAUUUGUACUAAGUGACUUUUGUUGAAAAAAAAAACUAUGGAAAUUACAUAUUUUUGACAAGUCAAUCACUGUCAUUGUGAAAAAAAGAAACAAAGAAAAUAAAAUCCAUUUCAUUUCUUUUCAAGGCAUGUUUUGAAUUUAAUUUUAUUUUAUUUCAAAUUAGUCUUAUCAUCGAUGUUUGCUACUUUGAGAAAUAAAUUGAAAUGGGGAUCUACGAAAUUACAAGAAACCAAAUGUCAGAAAUCGUAUAUUUUAAGUGUUUAUAUUGGAUUACUUGAAGAUAUUUUAUUCUGGAGAAAUAUGUGGCUUUCUUUGUCUUUUUUGGUAUUUUUAAACGUUUUUCUUUUUAUGACUACUCAACAAGAAAUCAGCUUUUUACAAUUUAUUUUUUAUGCAACAAUAAUGGUGUUAAGUAUUGAUGCAUUGGAGGUUUGGUUGAUAUAUAAACACAGAACUGCCUGUUUAAAAAGACUGGCUAAUUAUGAGGCAACAAAACUCAACACAUUUAUUAACCAUUUUAAUAACUGGGUGGCUAGAAAGUGGGCCCAAUUCCUUUACCUUCGAGAAAAAAAUCACACCAAGGCAUUUCUGCUAGUCAACAUUGGAUUGAGCUUGUUGUUUAUUAUUGGAAAUUAUAUUAAUGGAUAUUUAUUGAUUUAUAUAAUUUGUAUGACUAUAUGCUUAUUUUACAAAUUAGCACCACCUCUUGUGAAAUUUGUUCAAAAAAUACAAGCAAAUGCAGAAUCUGAUGUGGAACUCGAAGGUCUUAUUCCAGAUGUUACAGAGCAUGAUAUAAAUUUGUUGUCAAUAGAACCUGAACCUAAUCCAGUAGUGGAUGAACGCCAAAGUCUAGAUUUCUGGAAGCCAGAAGAUAUACCAAUUGAAGAAGCAAGUGACAGCUCUGAAAACAGCAGCUCUCUUGUUACUAAUUUAUCAAUUGAAAAAAUACAAUCACUUGACAAAGAUAUAGAGACAUCAGACUCCAGUGAAGAUGAAUAUACACCAAUAGAUCAUAAAAAGGAGCAAUUGAAAUCAACUUUGGAAACUGUGCAACCAACAGAUACCUGGAGUGGCACUGCUUACAAUGCUCUGUGGAAUUUGACAGGUGCUGUUGCUAAUAUGGUGUAUACUAAACCAGAAGAAAGCAAACGAAAACGUGUGUCAAGUAUAGAUUCGUCAGACGGUUUUGAAAUGAUAGAUAAAAACGACGUCAUGUGAAUUAAUAUCAUGUUUAUUGUAAAAAUCCACAACAUUAAAUAAAGAUAAUUGUGAUUUUUA